GUUUCUAUAAUCGCAGUGUUGGCUCUACUGUGAUAUUAACUGUGAUUGUCGUGACUGGCUUAUUUCGAAGAAAAAGUCGUAAGAUGUUUCUUACUCGUUCUGAAUAUGACAGAGGUGUCAAUACCUUUUCUCCAGAAGGGAGACUCUUUCAGGUGGAGUAUGCAAUUGAGGCAAUCAAGUUGGGUUCCACAGCAAUUGGAAUAUGUACUUCUGAAGGGGUUGUUCUUGCAGUGGAGAAGCGCAUCACUUCGCCACUCAUGGAACCAACAACAAUUGAAAAGAUUGUGGAAGUCGACAAACACAUUGGCUGUGCCGUAAGUGGCCUAAUGGCUGACUCGAGAACCAUGAUUGACAGAGCAAGAAUUGAAUGCCAGAAUCACUGGUUCGUCUACAACGAGAGGAUGAGCGUGGAGUCAGUGGCACAGGCUGUGUCAAACCUGGCCAUCCAGUUUGGAGAUUCAGACGAUGAUGGAGGGGCAAUGAGUCGUCCCUUUGGUGUAGCCAUCUUGUUUGCUGGCUGUGAUGAGAAGGGCCCACAGCUUUUCCACAUGGACCCUUCUGGAACAUUUGUUCAGGUUGAUGCAAAGGCAAUUGGCUCAGGAAGUGAGGGGGCCCAGCAGAGUUUGCAGGAAGCAUAUCAUAAGUCGAUGACACUGAAGGAGGCCCUCAUUGCAGUUCUCACAAUCCUAAAACAAGUGAUGGAGGAGAAACUAAGCUCAACUAAUGUGGAAGUGAUGACUAUGACACCAGGACAGCUAUUUCACAUGUUCUCAAAGGACGAGGUUGAAGAAGUGAUUAAAGAUAUUGCAUAAUGUAUUGUCAUGACUAUUUGAAAUCACAUUUUUCAUCUUGGUACUAAUGGUACACACGCUCGAGCUAUGUAAUGAAAAGUGUAGGUCAGUGUUGCUGCCUGAGAAUUUCAGCUUCCUACUUACUGUAUUGUCAUGGUUGAUAUAAAUGUAAUACCUCGAUUUGGCAGGACAUGUCACAGCGUCUUCUUUUGGUACUUUUGUGUCAAACUUUUGCAACCACAGAAACGAAACUUAUACUGAAGAAAGUAAAAAAAUCAAACUAUCAGUUUGAGUAUUACUGUCUUCUGGAAUGUGACAUCAUGUAGCCUUAUAGAAAGGGACCAGUGAUUCAGAGAAACCUACUUCCUCCAUCUUUAUAGUGGCUUUUCACCCUGAAGAUGGGGUGAGCAAGUUCCUCUGAAAUGUUAGAAAACUUUUUACCAGACUACAUGGCAUCACAUCCCAGAAGACAGUAACACUCAUGUUCACUGCCAUGAGUGUCUGGCUUUUGUUAUAUAAGCUUUAACAAUCUGCCCGUACAAGGUGAAUGUAAAUAGCAAACAUGACUUUCAUUCUGGGCCUUCUUCACUGUUUUGAGUUUCCCUAAAAAUGUGUUUUGGAAACUGGAUCUGGUUCUCUCAUUGGGUAUAAAGGCAGAAAGGUUCCAGUGAUUGAGAUUAGUUCUUUCGAAUGGGCCCAACUGAAUAGGAACACUUUUUUCUUUUACACUUGAUGAUUGAAAUGGAUCCAGUCUUUCAGAUGUUGUUUUUGGGGAAACUGAAGAUAAUGGAGAAUUUCCAAAAUAAUUGUUAGUGUACUGACUUGUUUGUGUGAUGUUGUGAGAGCAGUACAGAACAUAUGUGCAUUUUGCAGUUGUACAUCCAGGCAGACAUGUAAGUGUUCUUCUGACUUCACAUUGACUUCUCUUGCCUUGAAAACAAUAAUUCUUAAUUUGUCAGAAUCACUGUGAAGGUUUUUAUUUAUGAUGAUAUUGUGUGGUUGUGGGCCACAUCAUCUGAAAAUGUAACUGACACAGCCAUGAGUGAAAUAAAUGAGAAUUAAUAACUCUUGUUA